GUUCAUAAUGGUUUGCACAUAUCAGGUGACAAUGCUGUGGAAAAGUUGGUCAGCGUCUGUGGUUUAGCCUAACCAACAGAGACAUUUAAGAAAAUGACCAGCAGCAGCGAGGGGGUUUCGAAGUACACCGAGGUCGAAGACGAAGAAACAUUGGCGAUUGGUUAUUACGAUGACGACGACGACGAUUUUGAUACAUUCACAGACGGGAAUCUGGACUGUAGCUGUGAAGACGGAGGUGGUUUCAGUGACCCCCUCAGUGGGGAGGUGAAGCCCAGGAUCCUCCUCAUGGGUCUAAGGCGUAGCGGCAAGUCUUCCAUCCAAAAAGUGGUGUUCCACAAGAUGUCCCCCAACGAGACCCUGUUUCUGGAGAGCACCAAUAAGAUCUGCAGAGAGGACGUGUCCAACAGUUCCUUCGUCAGCUUCCAGAUUUGGGACUUCCCUGGACAGAUCGACUUCUUUGACCCCACCUUUGACUACGAGAUGAUCUUCAGAGGAACAGGGGCCCUCAUCUUCGUCAUCGACUCACAGGAUGACUAUGUGGAGGCGCUGAGUCGGCUCCACCUCACAGUAACCAGGGCCUACAAGGUCAACCCAGAAAUCAACUUUGAGGUGUUUAUCCACAAGGUGGAUGGGCUGUCGGACGACGCUAAGAUCGAGAAGCAGAGGGACAUACACAAACGGGCCAAUGACGACCUGGCUGACGCUGGCUUGGAGAAGAUACAUCUAAGUCUUUACCUGACCAGCAUCUAUGACCACUCCAUAUUUGAGGCCUUCAGCAAAGUGGUGCAGAAACUCAUCCCUCAGCUGCCCACUCUAGAGAACUUGCUCAACAUCUUCAUAUCUAACUCGGGCAUAGAGAAGGCUUUUCUGUUUGACGUGGUCAGUAAGAUCUACAUCGCCACAGACAGCAGUCCAGUGGACAUGCAGACCUACGAGCUGUGCUGCGACAUGAUCGAUGUGGUCAUAGACAUCUCCUGCAUCUACGGGCUGACGGAGGAAGAGGCAGGUCAGCCCUAUGAUAAAGAGUCCAUGGCCAUCAUCCACCUGAACAACACCACCGUCAUGUACCUGAAGGAGGUCACGAAGUUCCUGGCUCUGGUCUGCUUCCUCCGAGAGGAGAGCUUUGAGAGGAAAGGACUAAUUGACUACAACUUUCACUGUUUUAAGAAUGCUAUUCAGGAGGUGUUUGAUGUACGAGUGAAGGUGCAGAAAAACAGAAAGCUACUCAGCCAGAGGAGGUGGAGCAAACAGGCCUCAAUUGAGUCCUCAGCAGCCAGCACUGAACGCCGCCCCAUUGGUGGCAUCACAUGUCAAUCAACCAUCUUUAAAUCAACAUAAAAUAAAGAGGAGGUGAUAUGUGAAGGGCUGUGGGCUGUAUGGCCCCAAACACACUCAGGUUGUACAACUGCUGUACAACACAUUUGGCACAACGUUUGUGAUACAACAGAGAGUUAAAAAAAAAACACAAUAGUAAACAUUUUUGUGCAAGUGCAGGUCUUCACGACUGUUCAACAAUCACUUAUGGUUGCAUUUCAACCAUACAAACCAGCAGAUAUAGGAUCUUAAUUUGAUCACCCUUUUCUUGCUGAGAACAUGAUAAUUCACAUUUCCUGUUACAGAAAGAUUACUUUCCUGCUUUAGCAAACUGCCUCAAAUUAAGAUCUUACAUCUGUAUAACUUGGGCCAGAAGUUUUUGUCUAAUCAUACAAGACCUGACCCGGAAAUAUAUAUAUAUAUAUAUAAUUACCACAUUUGUUACAGAUGACCUGUAUGUUGAGUGUCAGCCCAUAGCAGGGCAUGCUGAAGUUGUAUCAUUUUUUUUUUUUUUACAAGUAAGGGCCUGUAAUGUCAUCUAAUAUUGUCACUAAUAAUAGUACAUGGUCAUAGUCAAAGUAAUAUGGAUGGGCCUUUUGAAUACUGUAGAAGUAGGAUGGACACUGAAAUCACCUUGGCUGCAUCCCACAUGGUACCCUAUUCCGUUUAUAGUGUGUAAGCCCCAUAGGUCUCUGGUCAAAUGUAGUUGACUAUAUAGGGAAUUGGACGUCAUUUGAGAUGCAGCUAUGAUCUUUAUGGAAGCAGCCCACCAAAGGAACAGAUUGUAAGAACAGAUGUUCAUAAAGCUACCAGUCCAGGUUCAAAUACUAUUUGAAAUCAUUUCAAUCAUUUCUGUACUUGACUUACACUAUACAGUGCGGGAGUUUGCCCACUGACAAAGAAAUGAUCCGUCUAUAAUUUUAAUGGUAGGUUUAUUUGAACAGUGAGAGACAGAAUAACAACAACAAUAUCCAGAAAAAUACUUGUCAAAAAUGUUAUAAAUGGAUUUGCAUUUUAAUGAGGGAAAUAAGUAUUUGACCCUUCUGUAAAACAUGACUUAGUACUUGGUGGCAAAACCCUUUUUGGCAAUCACAGAGGUCAGACGUUUCUUGUAGUUGGCCACCAGGUUUGCACACAUCUCAGAAGGGAUUUUGUCCCACUCCUCUUUGCAGAUCUUCUCCAAGUCAUUAAGGUUUCGAGGCUGAUGUUUGGCAACUCGAACCUUCAGCUCCCUCCACAGAUUAUCUAUGGCAUUAAGGUCUGGAGACUGGCUAGGCCCCUCCAGGACCUUAAUGUGCUUCUUCUUGAGCCACUCCUUUGUUGCCUUGGCCGUGUGUUUUGGGUCAUUGUCAUGCUGGAAUACCCAUCCACGACCCAUUUUCAACGCCCUGGCUGAGGGAAGGAGGUUCUCACCCAAGAUUUGACGGUACAUGGUCCCGUCCAUCAUCCCUUUGAUGCGGUGAAGUUGUCCUGUCCCCUUAGCAGAAAAACACUCCCAAAGCAUAUUGUUUCCACCUCCAUGUUUGACAGUGGGGAUGGUGUUCUUGGGGUCAUAGGCAGCAUUCCUCCUCCUCCAAACACGGCAAGUUGAGUUGAUGUCAAAGAGCUUCAUUUUGGUCUCAUCUGACCACAACACGUUCACCCAGUUGUCCUCUGAAUCAUUCAGAUGCUCAUUGGCAAACUUCAGACGGGCAAACUUCAGACAUGUAUAUCUGCUUUCUUGAGCAGGGGUACCUUGCCGGCGCUGCAGGAUUUCAGUCCUUCAUGACAUAGUGUGUUACCAAUUGUUUUCUUGGCGACUAUGGUCCCAGCUGCCUUGAGAUCAUUGACAAGAUCCUCCCGUUGUUAUGACUUCUACAAAUGGUGCGGUGGAGGAGUCAAACGCAGAGAGCAGGUAAUGUCGUACGUGUAUCUAUUUAUUCCAACGACAGCGGAGACAUGGACAUGCCAACACUAGGGUGUAAGAAACCACCCGUCCAAAAUAAACAGGACUAAAACUGUCCGGAAAAUAAUGAGGAAUACACUUCUACACCAACACUAAAAUAACAGAACAAGCCCACACAAAUACCCAGCGGGCCUAGUGCCCUUAAAUAGCCUACAAACAAACUAACUCAAAACAGGUGUACCCAAUUAAACCCAAUAAACAGAAACAAACGGAAAGGGAAUCGAUGGCAGCUAAUAGGUCGGCAACGACGACCGCCGAGCGCCGCCCGAACAGGAAGAGGCACCAUCUUCGGCGAUAUUCGUGACACCUGUGUAGUUCUGGGCUGAUUCCUCACCGUUCCCAUAAUCAUUGCAACUCCACAAGGUGAGAUCUUGUAUGGAGCCCCAGGCCGAAGGAGAAUUACAGUUCUUUUGUCUUUCUUCCAUUAGCGAAUAAUCGCACCAACUGUUGUCACCUUCUCACCAAGCUGCUUGUCGAUGGUCUUGUAGCCCAUUCCAGCCUUGUGUAGGUCUACAAUCUUGUCCCUGACAUCCUUGGAGAGCUCUUUGGUCUUGGCCAUAGUGGAGAGUUUGGAAUCUGAUUGAUUGAUUGCUUCUCUGGACAGGUGUCUUUUAUAUAGGUAACAAAUUUGUUAUAUAGGUAACAAACUGAGAUUAGUAGCACUCCCUUUAAGAGUGUGUAUAUACAAAAGUAUGUGGAAACCCCUUCAAAUUAGUGGAUUCAGCUAUUUCAGCCACACCCAUUGCUGCCAGGUGUAUAAAAUCAAGCACACUGCCAUGCGAUCUCUAUAGACAAACAUCGGCAGUAGAUUGGCCUUACUGAAGCGCACAUAGACUUUCAACGUGGCACCGUCAUAGGAUGCCACCUUUCCAACAAGUCAGUUCAUCAAAUUUCUGCCCAGCUACCCCGGUUAACUGUAAGUGCUGUUAUUGUGAAGUGGAAAUGUCUAGGAGCAACAAUGGCUCAGCUGCGAAGUGGUAGGCCACACAAGUUCACAGAACAGGACCGCCGAGUGCUGAAGCGCGCAGCGCGUAAAAGUAAUCCGUCCUCAGUUGCAACACUCACUGCCGAGUUCCAAACUGACUCUGGAAGCAACAUCGGCACAAAAACUGUUCGUCCGGUGCUUCAUGAAAUGGGUUUCCAUGGCCGAGCAGCCAUAAACAAGCCUAAGAUCACCAUGCGCAAUGCCAAGCGUCGGCUGGUGUGGUGUAAAACUCACCGCCAUUGGACUCUGGAGCAGUGGAAACGCGUUCUCUGGAGUGAUGACUCAUGCUUCUCCGUCUGGCAGUCUGAAAGACUAAUUUGGGUUUGGUGGAUGGCAGGCGAACACUACCUGCCCAAAUACACAUUGCCAACUGUAAAGUUUGGUGGAGGAGGAAUAAUGGGCUGGGGCUGUUUUUCAUGGUUCAGGCUAGGCCCCUUAGUUCCAGAUAUCUUACCGCUACAGCAUGCAAUUACAUUCUAGACAAUUCUGUGCUUCCAACUUGCAACAGUUUGGGGAAGGCUGUUCCUGUUUCAGUAUGACAAUGCCCCCAUUCACAAAGCGAAUACACAAAUAGUUUGACAAGAUCAGUGUGUAAGAAAUUGACUGGCCUUCACAGAGCCCCGACCUCAACCCUAUUGAACACCUUUGGGAUGAAUUGGAACACUGACUGUGAGCCAGGCACCCAACAUUAGUGCCUGAGCUAACUAACGCUCUUGUGACUGAAUGGAAGCCCCCACAGCAAUGUUCCAACAUCUAUUGGAAAGCCAUCCCAGAAGAGUGGAGACUGUUAUAGCAGCAAAGGGGGGACUAACCCCAUAUUAAUGCCCCUGAGUUUGGAAUGAGAUGUUCGACGAGCGGUUGUCCACAUACUUUUGGCCAAGUAGUGUAGCUUGCCUGUUGCAAUGGAACCAAUAGAAAAGUUCAGUUGUGCAAACCCUGCCCACCUGGCACCAUGCAAACUCUCAUUUACAUUUACAUUUAAGUCAUUUGGCAGACGCUCUUAUCCAGAGCGACUUACAAAUUGGUGAAUUCACCUUAUGACAUCCAGUGGAACAGCCACUUUACAAUAGUGCAUCUAAAUAAUUUAAGGGGGGGGGGGUGAGAAGGAUUACUUUAUCCUAUCCUAGGUAUUCCUUAAAGAGGUGGGGUUUCAGGUGUCUCCGGAAGUAUUUGAAAGAUGUCAAAUAGUAUUUGAACUCAGGUCUGAAAGAUAAGAGAAGAGAAAGAAGAGUCUCAGAAUGUCAGCUAACUGAAUGUCAAUAACUUUAUGUUUUUAAAAGGUGCUUUAUUACGUUUUUCAGGUACAGUGCGAAGGCAAGAUCAAAGAUAGCAAUAAGGGUUGUUCAAUAUAACUAUGUUCCCAUCCUUAUAGCUAUGUUUAUCAUCUGUAAUAUUAACUGUACAUCACAUUUAACUGUAACACUCCCAUUCAAAUAGUAUGAUACUAUAACUUUAUUGUAAAUGUAUAUGGAAAUACAUUCUGUAAGGUCAGCAUACAAAAUACACAAAUAAAUACUCUAUAAAACAGCUAUUCAAAAAUGCUGUAUUGCAUUAUGUAUGUAUUAUUAUAGUGUAUUGAUUUUGUGUAGCCAAUGCAAACGUAUCUCUUUCCAUGCUUUAUACAAGAUAACAUAUGUCAAUUCUAGGAACACCAAAUCUAAAUGUGCUAGCAAUUACAAUCGACAGUUUGAAUCAAUUGUGGUGUCUCAAAGUUGUUUAAUCACGGCAUCAAAACUACUAUUUUAGCAAUGCUAGAACGUUCUACUAACACCUUGUUGACUUUGACAAGCAAUUUGCUCUUGAAGCCUGUCUGCUUUCAAAACCAAUUAUUUUGACCCAUACUUGUAUUACUUUACUACUUUACUGAAACAUUUAAUUUAUUUUAAAGUUCUAUUUAUUUAUUUUGUUCCUCAAUAAAAUAAGAUUUGUU